AUGCCCGUCCCCCCCCCCCCCGUCGCGGCUGUUCGCGUGUGCAGCGGCGGUCGCUGUGUGGGGAAGAGGGAAACGGGGAAGGGAGUGGCGGCGGAUCGCUGUGGGGGGGAAGAGGGCAAAGGGGAAGGGAGUGGCGGCGGAACGCCAGCGACGACCGCCAGCGCACCGGCGAUCCCACGUCACCUGCUGUUGCAACCCGUCGCCCGCGCGCUGCCCUGGAACUGCACCCCCAUCCGCUGCCACCACACCUCCUCCUCGUUCUCUCUGCCGUUACUACUGCUGUGGGAGAGAGGUUCAGGGGGUGUGGGUGGUGAGAGUUCAACUGCAGCAUCAUCCGCCUCCUCCUCCUCUCAUCCCUUGCUGCCCGUGCCUUGCUGUCCACCCGUGAUUCUGCCCGUGAUUCUGCCCGUACUGCUGCCCGUGAUUGUGCCUGUGAUCAUACCCGUGUGCUGCCCGUAUUUUGCCCGUGUUCUGCCCGUGAUCCUGACCGUGAUUCUGCCCGUGAUUCUGCCCGUGUUGUCGCCCGUGAUUUUGCCCGUGAUUCUGCAUGUGAUCCUGCCCGUGUUGCUGCCCGUUCCCGUGCCAUACUGCCCGUGCCCACCCGUGUCUCCCGUUGCUGCCCGUGUUCUACCCGCGCCCAGUGUCCCCCGUUCUGCCCGUGCUGCCUGUUCUGCCCGUGCUGCCCCGUUGUGCCCGUGUUGCCCCAUUCAGCCCUUGUCCUGCCCCAUUCUUCCUGUGCAGCCCCGUUGUCCCCGUGUUGCCCCGUUCUGCCCGUGUUGCCCCGUUCAGCCCGUGUUCUGCCCCGUUCGGCCCGUGUUCUGCCCUGUUCUGCCCGUGUUGCCCCGUUCAGCCCGUGUCCUGCCCCGUUCAGCCCGUGUUCUGCCCUGUUCUGCCCGUGUUGCCCCGUUCAGCCCGUGUCCUGCCCCGUUCUGCCCGUGUUGCCCCGUUCAGCCCGUGUUGCCCCGUUCUGCCCGUGUUGCCUUGUUCAGCCCGUGUCCUGCCCCGUUCAGCCCGUGUUCUGCCCUCCCGUGUCCUGCCCCGUUCUGCCCGAGUUGCCCCGUUCAGCCCGUGUCCUGCCCCGUUCUGCCCGUGUUGCCCUGUUCUGCCCGUGCUGCCCCGUUCUGCCCGUUUGUGCCCUACCCGUGCUGUCUGUACCCGUUCGUGCCCCACCCGGUCUGUGCUGCCCGGUCUCGUGCUGCUCGUCAUCCCCGUGCGGCCCGUCCCGUACAGCACCUAGUUGCUACCCGAACCCGCUACCCGUACCCGUGCUCCUCGCACACCGUGCACCAGCUGCGGGGCAUUCAACCGCAGCCGGGCACCUGUUCCACCGCGGUCGACGUGACACACGUGCUGCAGAUGGUGGACAACACUAGGCUCACCCUUCGCAACCGUUACCUGAGUGACGCGGACGACUUCGGCGAUGGGAGCAACGAGCUGAGCGCCUUCUUGUCGAAGCACGCCUCGUCGGAAAAAAGGGAAGUGAAGGUGACGGGCACCGACUCGACUGGCGCCCGGACUACUCAUGAGUACACCCUCCAUGAACAGAACAUCAAGGGUCAGAAAUCUGGCCCGGGCCUGGACGACUGCAUCACACUGGCGAAGGGGUACGUGAAGGAGCUGCUGAAGUGA